CCCUUUAAUAGCAACAGGAGUAGUGGGCCAUUUGUAAAAUAUAAAGUAAUAAAGAAAGGUUACAUUUAUUAUCUGAGUUUUAUGAUGUCACUUGAUUGUAAAAUACGCUCCCCCUGCAUUAAUGAAGCGAAUCAGGAAGUGCUUGAGAUGAUAAGCAAGAAUGUCGAUACAAUUCUAGCUUUGUGCUCAGCUGAUUCCGAAUUGAGAAACUAUGCACUGAAAUUUCAACUUGAGCAGGCAGCAGACAAGGCUGUCUUUGACUCGGGUGGUGAGACUGUUAGCAAAAUAGAACAUAUGAAAAAAGUGUUGCGGCGAAUGGUCGACCUGGCAUUGGCUGUCGCAAUGCAUAUCUUGGAGCGUACAAAAAAUGAUAAAGGCAAUAUGAGCAUAGAACUAGAUACUGUUUCACAGCCUUCCACAGAUUUGUUACAAAGUAGCAGUGUAGAGGAUUUUACGGAAGGGUCGUGCGCUUGGCUGGAAAUUGGAGCGCAUUUAUCCUAUGUAUCAACUGAUCUCUUAUCAUUAGUGCUUGUAAGCCACAGCAAUUUGCGGCAUUCGUUACAAAUGUAUAUGCUGGGAAAAGGUGUACUAAAUUACAUAUCUGAUGCCCUUAAUAUAACCCAAGAGCAUGAAAUUACUUACUUUCAGGAAGGGUACAAAACUGAGCAUGUGCGACUCAUGGCAAACUUAUGCUUUGAUAAUGUAGAUUGUAGUAAAGCAAUAGUUGGUGAUGAUAAUAUUCUGAUAAAAAUUUUGUCGGCAACUCGCAUUGAUGAGGAAAAUCCAGGAAUGGUCGAAUGGGCAGAAUUUGCAAUACGAAAUCUUUGCGCUUCGACCUAUGAGGCACAAGAAAAACUUAAACAAUUGAAACCGGUGCGCCUCACAGAUGAUAGUAAACAGCUUCUUAAUGGAAGGGCUACUCAUAGCUUCAAUAACGCAGGUAAGCUGCAUAUUGAGCUAACAAAAAAUUAA